AUGGCUGCGUCGGGUCUGGAUCAUCUCAAAAAUGACUACAGAAGAAGAUUUUGCCGACCUGUCAGAGUACCUGACAUUAAUACGAAGCAAGGCCAGAACAUACUGGAAAUCUUACAAGACUGUUUUGAAGAAAAUAGUCUUGCCAAGGACUUUAGCACAAAUUCUACAAAAUCAUUGCUUUAUUCAACACCUAAAAUAGGAGACAUUUGUAUUCAGUCACCAAGGAAAGAGUGCCAGAAAUCUCAUCCGAAGUCAGUUCCAGUUUCUUUAAGGAAGAAAGAGGCCUCUCUGCCGUUCAUUGUAGAACCAAGUGAAGUUGUCAACAGAUCAGUUCAGGACCAUGAAGUUCAUCAGCAAAUUUUGGCAACUGAUGUUGGUUCUAAAAAAACACCUGACUCGAGAAAAAUGUCAAGUAAAAAACUAAAAGAUCAUCACAGUGAAGCUGAUGAGAAAUUAUACUUAUCUGUUGGCUCACCUUUUGUUCUUUUGGAUGCAAAAGCUUCUGUAUCGCAAAAUGCGAUUCCAUCUAUUGCCCAAAAGAGAGAGACCUACACUUCUGAAAAUUCAGUGAAUACAUUGUCUUCAAGUACAGAGAUUUCUCUUAAAACCAGAAAAAGGUUAAACUUUGAAGAUAAAAAUGCUUUGAAGAAAGUAGAAAUAGCAAAUAAAGUAUCAGAAAUAGAGGAUAAAGUAUCAGAAGAACCACAAGAGAGGAAAUCGUCAAGAACAUCUCAGAAAAGAGUACCAGACUCAGAAGAUGAAAUUCAGCCACAAACUAAAAAGAGUUUUUCAACAUUAUUUUUAGAAACUGUAAAAAGAAAAAGUGAAUCCAGUCCUAUUGUUAGGCAUAUAGCAACUGCUCCACUUCACUCAUCUCCUUCAAAUGACCUAAAGUUGUUAGAGGAUGAAUUUAUUAUUGAUGAAUCAGAAAGAAGUUUUGCCAGUCGAUCUUGGAUUACUCUACCCAGAAAGGCUGGGCCUCUGAAACAGUGCACAGUAUACCCUGCAGAGAGCUCUGCACUCCUUCAAAGUAAGAAGUCGAGAGAAAAACAUCACAAUGUAUCACCUACAACUUUGACGAGUGACAAACAUUCUGACACAGAUUACCCAAUAGAGAAAUCUCAGCCCUCUGAACAAAAAAGACUGGGUAGGAGUUGUGCUUUGACAAAUGAACUGGAAAAUCAUAGAUCUACAAAAUAUGAAAUGUAUUAUGAGAAUGCAGAGAAAUCAUCUGGAAAGAAAAGAACUACAAAACAAAAACAGAGAAGAAAAUUUAAGGACAGUAUGCUUGAAGAACAGGUUGAUGUGGAACAAUCUAAAGAUAAAAAUAUAAAUAUCACCCAAGGUAAGUUACAGAGAAAUUCAAAAAAUAUGGAAGAGUGUGAAGAGAUGAUAAAUGUUGAUAUUUCCAAAAAACAGAUGCUGCCUGUGGGAAGCAAGAAAAAUAGCACCAAUGUUCCUUAUACAGAGACUCAGAAAAAAGAUAAAAAAUAUAAAAAGAAGCAUUUUCCCAGUGGGUCCAAGAAGAAUAAACUUGUACCUGAUGAAGUGACUUCAACUAUUACAAGAAGUCGAAGAAUUUCCAGGCGUCCAUCUAAUUGGUGGGUGGUAAAGUCAGAACAGAGUCUUGUUUAUAGCAAUUCUUCAAGAAGAAAUGAAUUGUCAGUGUGUCACAACAGUAAACAAAAACCUGCUGAAAAAUCAAACCAAUCCUCUAAGAAUAUUGAGGAAAAAACCAUUCCGUUUAAAGGGCAGAAGAGAACUACUUUGGGCAGCUCAAGAGCACAGGAGUUUUUAAAUACUAAAGAUUCUGGAGGAAUUAUGGACCAUGAUGAAAUUUCCGGUUGUUCCCAGAAUGAGUCAUUGGAAAAUGAUGAGGAAGACCUGGCUAAGAAGAAAAAUCUUGAUCAUUCUGGAGGUACAAGAAGCACAAAGGAUCAAGAUAAUAUGACUGGACAAAAUGUUCAUCUGAAGUCUCAGAUCAGGGGAUUUACAUGCAAGACACCAGCAGAAUCUAACUUGGAUUCUGGAGAGCCUAAGACUUCGGUUUUGGAAGGAAGUGGACCUUUCAGGCUCAAGAAUUAUUUAACAUCUGGAAAGAAUAAUUCCGAUGUGGAUGACAAGGAAGUUCAGGAAAGUUCAAGUGACUCAAGAGUAAAAAUAUCUACAGUAAUACCAGAGAAUAAAAUACAUCACAAGUUAGUAUUGCCUUCCAACACACCAAAUGUUCGCAGGACCAAGAGAACACGAUUGAAACCUUUGGAAUAUUGGCGGGGAGAGCGAAUAGAUUAUCAUGGAAGGCCAUCAGGAGGAUUUGUGAUUGGUGGAAUACUGUCCCCAGACACAGUAUCAUCUAAAGGGAAGUCAAAAGGAAACAUUGGAAAAGUCAACAAAAUGGUUAAUAGGAAAAGGAUCUGUCUUGAUAAUGAGGAAAGAAAGAAUAAACUCAUGGUAAAUCUGAGUAUACCUUUGGGAGAUCCAUUGCAGCCAACAAGGGUAAAGGACCCAGAAACAAGAGAGAUUAUUCCCAUGGAUCUUUUAAGGCCACGAGAUACGUAUCAAUUUUUUGUUGAGCAUGGUGAGUUGAAGGUGUAUAAAACACUGGAUACACCUAUUUUUUCUACUGGAAAAUUAAUAUUAGGACCACAUCAAGAAAAGGGAAAGCAGCAUGUUGGCUCAGAUAUAUUGGUUUUUUAUGUUAACUUUGGUGACCUUUUAUGUACCUUACAUGAAACACCUUAUAUAAUAACAACUGGGGAUUCGUUCUAUGUUCCUUCAGGUAAUUAUUACAACAUCAAAAAUCUCCUGAAUGAGGAAAGUGUUCUUCUUUUUACUCAGAUAAAAAGAUGAAAGAUGAAGC